UUUCUGAAAUAGGUUUAUUAGUGGCUUAGAAACUUAUAUAGUAAGCUUUUCUUUUAAUGAAUCAUAUCUUAGAUUUACUUAUCAAUUCUAGUUGUUGUUUUUUCUUUUUGUUUUUAAGGUCUCCUGAAUAUAUUUAAAGACAACAAUUUCAGCCAAGCCGAAGCAUUGUCUUCCUGGAGGCAAAAAUCCAGCUUAGCUGAGCCACGACAGAUAUAAGUCAUCAUGGUGAAAAGCCAAGUAGGCGGCUGGAUCCUGGUUCUCUUUGUGGCCACAUGGAGUGACGUCGGCCUCUGCAAGAAGCGACCGAAGCCUGGAGGAGGAAGCAACAGUGGAGGGAGCCGAUACCCAGGGCAGGGAUAUCCUGGAGGCAACCGUUACCCACCCCAGGGCGGUGGUGGCUGGGGUCAGCCCCAGGGAGGUGGUGGGUGGGGUCAGCCCCAUGGAGGUGGGUGGGGACAGCCCCAUGGUGGUGGAGGCUGGGGUCAAGGUGGUGGCUCCCACAACCAGUGGAAUAAGCCCAGUAAGCCGAAAACCAACCUGAAGCACAUGGCAGGAGCUGCUGCGGCCGGGGCAGUGGUGGGGGGCCUGGGAGGCUACAUGGUGGGGAGUGCCAUGAGCAGGCCCCUCAUGCAUUUUGGCAAUGAUUAUGAGGACCGUUACUAUCGUGAAAACAUGAACCGUUUCCCCAACCAAGUGUACUACAAGCCUGUGAAUCAGUACAACAACCAGGAUAACUUUGUGCGUGACUGUGUCAACAUCACGGUCAAACAACACACGGUCACCACCACGACCAAGGGGGAGAACUUCACCGAGACUGAUGUCAAGAUAAUGGAGCGCGUGGUAGAGGAGAUGUGCACCACCCAGUACCAGAAGGAGUACCAGGCUUACCAGUCUUACAAUGGAAUGAGCAUGACCCUCUUCUCCUCCCCUCCUCUGAUCCUCCUCCUCUCUUUCCUUAUUUUCCUAAUAGUGGGAUGAGGGCAGCUUUGUUUUCACCAGGUUGGGGAAGGGGGUAUCCACCUGCAACCCUUUAGUGGUGGUGUCUCGUUCUUGCUUCUCCCUUUGUCACCCAUAGGCUAGUACCCUUGGCACUGAUGGCACAGGGAAAUGUAGAGCAGGCCUGGCACACUGUAUAUUCAGCCCUGUUUGAUUGAGUCCUUCAUGGGCCAGUGUAAGUGCCAGGCUGGUAAGAGUGUAACAGCAAAUAAUCAUUCCAUGAUCUAGGCUUAUUUUUUGUCUAGUGCAAAAGAUUGAGGCUAAAAUAUUCUACAGUCUUCAAAUACCUUUGCCUACAUACCUCCAGCUCCUUGCCCAGCUAGAGCUCAGUACACUAAUUCCCCAUCUUAGUUAGCAGUGACUUUGUAGCAAUUUGGACACAUUUUCUCAUUCAUUUUAAGAAAAGCUGAUUACAUUUUCCUGUUUAAAUAGUAUUUCUGCCAAAUUCAGAAGGAUACUCAUUCAGAAAACAGAACUAGAAAUCCUUAGUUUUUGAGCCCAGGCUCAGCCUGCUGGAAAGUGUGUGCCCUAUGUCUGCAGAGAACUGUGACAAUGUUUUACAUUUUGCAGUACAGGCUACACAGCAGCUAUUGCAUCAAGAGAAAAUAUUCAUGCAACAUUACGCCUCUGGGCAGAGGAUAUUUUCAUAGGAAAUGAACGUAACAAUAGGAAAGUCUUCUGGGACUAAAACUAUCCAACAUUUGGGAGUGGUGCCUUUGGAGGGUACCUACAUGUUGCAUUCCUUUCUUUAGUAACAUAAACCGUAGAUAAUUAAGGCAGUUAAAAAAUAUAUUACCUUUUGGACACUAAGAACAAAAUUCUCCUUUGUUCAUUUACCUGGAAAUGAAUAAUUUUGACAUUGGGUAAAGCCAGGAGAUUUUAAUAUAGAGGGAGCUGCAGCUGUAAAAACACCAUUAUCGUAGAAGGUUACGUAAUGAAGAAAGUGAUUAGUGUACAAAUGUUUGCGUUUGUUCACUGCUGCCUCAUAAUUGUCAAAAGCCAGAAUCGGGUUGAGUCCUUCAUCUCAGUAGUUGGCUUUUGAAUUGAAUAAGGAAUCAAUCCAGAAAAAGAAAUCUUAGACUGCAGAUGACAGAAAUAUGACCUGUUGGGAGUGAGAGAAGAAAUUCUGUUCCUGUUAUUUAAGUAAGGUAAAAUUAUUCCCUGGAUCAUUCAAUAUUGUCACCUAGCAGAUAUAUUACUAUCCUGCAAUGUUAUUGGCUUGCAUUCUGUGGGUUUUCUAUGUAAUAUAUAUAUAUAUUGCAUAUGACAAACUUAGAAAUUUUGGUUAGAGCAGUUAACAGCUGAAGUAUCUAAUGCGCUGCCUGGUUUUAUAAGGUACUAAAUAUGUGGGAACCCCUUUUGCGUGGUCCUUAGGCUUACAGUGUGCACUGAAUAGUUUUGUAUAAGGAUCCAAAGUGGUCUUUGAAAUAUGCAUGUACUUUAUAUUUUCUAUAUUUGUAACUUUGCAUGUACUUGUUUUAUUGUAUAAAAAUUUAUAAAUGUUUAAUAUCUGACUACAAUUAAACAGGAGCUGAGAUGAGC